CUUGAAACACCCCCAGACCCAAACCCAGACCUAUAUGCAAAGGAAAGCAGUGCAAAAAGGGCAGUUGGUGACGAUGAACAAGUGUUCAACUAGAAAGUAACAUAUCCACAUUCUGACUGUGCGUGCGAGAGACAAACAAAUUCACAGUCUUCGCAACCCCGAUUCAUUUCGAUUUUCGAGCAUCAUCAUGUUUUCACCUAACCAACAGUAUUCUAUCACACACAACACAAAUGUCGUCGUCAUCUUCUUCGUCUUCUUCUUCUUCAUCAUCGGAUGACUGGGUGAUGAAGGCAACAAUGUUUGCCGCAACAAUGGUAAAAGAAACAAUCAACAUGUUGGUUGAUGAAGCCGAAAGUUCACGUAAAAGAAGAAAAAAAUCUGCUUUAUGCAGAGAUCGUGAAGCUGCACAGAGACAUGAUCAUCUUAUGCCAGCAGUACAUGCACAAGCAAAGCUGUUAAGUGUACAAGUUCCUUCACCUUCACCUUCACCUUCACCAACACCAACCAACUAUGCUGCUGCUGCUGCUGCUCAGAAUGACUCAUACUCACACUCACCUUAUGCUGCUGCUGCUAAUGCCAUCCAUGGAAUGCCAAACCCAAACCCUGCAUUUUCUCACGCAGAAUCACUCGUCUCUUCUUCAAAGAAGCUUGAGGAUGAACUGCUUUUGCUAGGACGGAAUAUAAAAGACCAUGAAGAAAACAUUGAAUAUCUAAAGACUCAAAUAAGCAGCUUAGAUGACCAGAUUACAGAUAUUCAAGUUACUCUUGGAAAGAAACAUUCAUCAAGCCCACAUAUGACAGAAGAUAAGGAUCUGUCUGAGCAGGCAACAGUUGAACAUAUAAUGCAGCAUCGCAAAUCAGCUGCUUCCAUUGUAUGCCAAUUCAAGUAUGAUGGCGCUCAUGAUGAUCAUCCAACUGCUAUUAAAGAUGUUGUAGGUGUUGUUGCAACUCUUGGAAAAGUUUAUGAUGAUAAACUUAGCAGGCUUCUAUCCGAGUACCUUGGGGUAGAUACCAUGUUAGCAUUAGUUUGCAUGACAUAUGAUGAUGGUGUUAAAGCUCUUGAAACUUAUGACACAGAAGGAGCUGUAAGUAAAAGCUGUGGGAUUUAUGGGGUUGGAGCUUCCAUGGAAGGGCGAUUCAAUGUGAUAUGUCUUGAAAAUCUGAGACCAUAUGUAGGGGAGUUUAUGGCUGAUGACCCACAAAGGAGGCUUGCUCUUGUGAAACCAAGGCUACCCAAUGACAGAUCUCCACCAGGGUUUCUAGGGUUUGCUGUAAAUAUGAUCCAUAUUGAUAUUCCACAUCUGUCUUCUCUCACAAGCAAUGGAUGUGGUCUUAGAGAGACUCUUUUUUAUAGCCUCUUCUCAAGGCUGCAGGUUUACAGAAGCAGAGCACAUAUGCUACAGGCAGUCCCUUGUAUAUCUGAUGGAGCCAUAUCACUUGAUGGUGGGAUCAUAAGGAGCAAUGGUGUCUUUGUUUUUGGCAAUCGGGAGAAGGAGAUGGAUGUUAGAUUUGCAAUAAGUAGUUAUCUGCCUGAGAAUUUGGUUGAAAUUGAAAAGAAGUUGAAGGAGUUGAAAUGGGAAAAGGAAACACUGGUGGAAACACUGCAGAUUGAAGAACCAAUCUUGGCAAACAUUCGCUACACUUUUGAAUUUAAGAAGCAAGAUUUUGUCAGGUUCAUGGCCCAAUGCUCACCGUAUGCUGCUAUGCAGUACCCAGUUCCAGCUACUCCAAGAAGAUCAACGCCUAGAUGAUGAUAUAACUGAUUUCUGAAUGAAGAUUUUAUUAAAAUUGUAGGUUAGGUUAUGCAAGUCAGUCUAUAGUUUAUGAUUUUGAGUGUGUGAUAAAGGGUAGCCAAGCCAAGUAGUGCUUCUUAUUUAGUUUGUUGUUUGCCCAACAUAACCAUAAACAUACAUCUGAUUGAAGCAUGUUUCUGCAUAGGACAACAUGCUGUA